CCCGCCUUUCACCACCCCCCUGAAGAAGGAGAGCGAGUUUCACGCUUUCCUCUGCCAUAUUCGAUUCUCGGGGACCCAUUUAAACUUCAGCUAAUGUUUUUUUUUUCCCACGCAAAGCCUAUUCUUUGGUUUUAACACGUGAAACUCCGCACAGUAAAUUCGGGACUGCAAUUUUACCUCUCCUUUCUUUCUCCUGACCCGAAAGUCUUAAAGCCAUGUUGUUGCCAUCGUCUCUGCUGCUCAUUCUCAGCUUCCUCACCUGGAGUCCCAGUGCAACACGGGCCGCUAAAAUCAUCGUGGUCCCACCCAUUAUGUUUGAAUCGCACCUCUACAUCUUCAAAACGCUGGCGACGGCGCUACACCAAGAGGGCCACGAAACCCAUUUUCUAGUUUCAGAGGGCCGUGAGGUCCCACCCUCUCCUCACUAUCAUCUGCAGCGCUAUCCAGGGAUCUUUAACAGCACAACAGCUGACAACUUUCUCCAGUCCAAAGUCAGCAACAUCUUCUCCGGCCGCUUGACAUUUCUCGAACUGUUUGACAUCCUUGACCACUACUCUCAGAACUGUGAUGCUGUUGUUGGCAAUGGUGAAGUAAUGAACCGCCUGAAGGAGGCCAAGUUCGACCUGCUGCUAGUGGACCCCAAUGAAAUGUGCGGUUUCGUUAUUGCUCAUAUCUUGAGCGUGCGAUAUGCUGUUUUCAGCACAGGCUUGUGGUACCCUGCAGAAGUCGGAGCCCCGGCGCCGUUGUCGUACGUGCCAGAAUUCAACUCACUGCUGACAGACCGCAUGUCCUUAAUGCAGAGAAUUGCCAACACAGGCGUCUACCUGGCACAGCGAUUUGGAGUCCAUUACAUUGUAUUACCAAAAUAUGACCGGAUUAUGAAGAAGCAUGGAGUAAAGCCUUACGCAGCCAUGGCUGACUUGGUGCAGGGGAGUAGGCUGUGGAUGCUGUGCACUGAUAUGGCUCUGGAGUUCCCAAGGCCCACCCUCCCCCAUGUCGUCUAUAUCGGAGGCAUCCUCACAAAACCCCCCAGCCCACUACCACAGUAUUUUCAGGCCCUGGUGAACGACACGGCAGAGCAUGGCUUUGUGGUGGUGUCGUUUGGCGCUGGAGUCAAGUACCUCUCCCAGGACAUUGCUCACAAACUGGCAGGAGCUCUGGCCCGUCUGCCACAGCGUGUCAUCUGGAGAUUCUCUGGAAUUGCACCCAGUAACCUUGGCAACAACACCAAGCUUGUUGAUUGGAUGCCACAAAAUGACCUAUUGGGCCAACCUCAUACUAAAGCCUUUCUGAGCCACGGGGGCUUAAACAGCAUCUAUGAGGCCAUGUAUCAUGGGGUGCCAGUGGUGGGUGUGCCUCUCUUUGGAGACCACUAUGACACCAUGACUCGUGUGGCAGCCAAAGGGAUGGGAAUCAUGCUGCACUGGAAAGACAUGACGGAGGAAGAUCUCUAUGCUUCCCUCAGCACUGUCAUCAACGACCCCAGGUACCGCCAGCAGGCUCGUCUCCUCUCCCACAUUCACAAAGAUCAGCCAGGCCACCCAGUCACCAGGGCUGUGUACUGGAUCGGUUACAUUCUCCGUCACAAUGGCGCUAACCACCUGCGCUCGGCUGUGUAUGAAGUGUGCCCCUACCAGUACUUCCUUGUGGACGUACUUUUUACUGUUGCAGCUGCCGGCGCUCUCAUAGUGUUUUUACUGCGUAGGUUGGUACGUCGCCUCAGGGGCAAGGCCAGUGACCACAGCAGAAGAGUAGAUGGCAGCAUGACCAAUGGACACUGUCACUCUGAGAGCAUCGCCAACGGGAAGCACAAACGCAAUGGUUCCUUGAAAACCGAGAAGAAGAUAAAUUAGUUUCUGAAUGGCGACGUGAGGAAGAAGUUGCCCUAAGGACUCAGUUCUAGGUUUGGUUCAUUGCUUUGAUAAAAGCGUGGAGCAAAAGCUGUUCUUAGGUCUGUGUCAACGAGGCAACUGCUACUCAGAGCAAGCACAAGGCUGUAGGAGGAUACACUGCGUUGUGUGGGGACAGCAAGGCAUCGGGUGCUCCAAAUCUGUGUGUAUGUGUGUGUUUAGAUGAAUGUUUGUGCUAUGAGGCAGAAUUAACAGAUAAAAAAAACUAUAACAGCAGCUACAGCGAGACACUGCAAGUUGUUUUUACGGAUGAAAUAAAGGAAGGACACAUCUAUACGAGCAUCUCAUCUACUCCAUGUUUUCUGCUGUCUUCCUCAGCAGAGGGAGGACCACCAAGCCUUCAUCCUAGGAACAAAAGCAACAAAUCAAACAGCUUUGGAUUGAUCCUUUGUUUUAAAGUGUCUGGUGAUAACUGUAAAUAGAAGAAAAAUCUAUUUAUUGCUGCUCGAAUGCAUUUUAAUGAUGCACCUUUUUAACCUUGUCUUAUUGUUUAAUUUAUUUCAUCUGUCUGUCAGAGAUGUGACAGUAUGACACUCCUUAUUCUGAGAUCACAUCUCUCUUCGUAUUGGUGAAACAAGCAACAUUGACAGGAGCAAUCAUAAAUGUGCUCUGGGUUUGUAAUGUAGUUGCAUUGUUCAGUGCACGUGUCUGACUCAUCCUUGUCAACAUACACAAUUUUCCCUUUUCACAUGGUAGUGCCAGCUUGUGAAUGAAAGGAGCUCAGUGUCUACCAAACUCUGCUUGACCUCACUGUGUGAAAAGGUGAUUUUAUUAGUUUCAGCUAUUUUUUUCCCCAUUAAUUCUAUUAGCCGAUUGUGUAUAAGUGAGCAGAGCCACGCAGUCCCAUGCAGGGGAGGAUGAGUCAGAGCAUUACUCAUUUAUGAUUGUUGCUACUGUAGUCCUGUUUCUUCAUUCUGCUUCCGUAAUCUAUUUAUUGCAGUAAAGAUUUCUUACCCUAUUGCCAUUUUCAGGGCUACACUUGACUUUGUACAUCAUUUCUAAAUUAUGUGUACUAAUUUCAACUCAUCACAAUUGCUAGCCUUAAAUUACUUUUCCCACAGUUUUACUUUGAUAAGCCUGGAAGACAUUGCUGUUGCCGUCCAUGUGCAAACCAGCAGACUUUAAAGAACUUAUUAUAAUUUCAAUGCUUGAAUGAAAGGCUUUAUAUAAAAUCUACAGGGCUCUCUAGAUUAUUGGCACCUCUACUAGAUAUUUUCAAGCAGCUGUUGAACAAAUUAUUCUUACGCUUUACCAUAAUUUCUCAAUAUAUGUUUGUCAUUCUUCAAAAUUUUUGUAUAAUUAUUUAGUAAUCAUUUACCCGUUUCCCUUUAGAGUAUGUGUAUGAAGUCACAGAGGCCUGUUUCAAUACCUGAUGGUGUUUUUGUUUAUUUUACAUUUAAUUUCUAUGUAUAAGAACUAUUCAUAGGUUACUCAAAACUUUUUGUUUCCCUGGAGAAACAACUAUAUCACCAAGAUGCCAUUUUCUUUUUCACAGUACACAAAACUCUUCCAAAUGGAAAAGAACAUGUUAUUUGAGUAAGACCAAUGUGUUUUGAUCUAUGCGAGUAAGAAAAGAAGCAGAAGAAAACGGCUACUCAUUCAAGCUUGAAAAUAUCAGCACAGACAGUAUUAAAAAUUUGAGAAAAAACUCAAACUGUGACAAGCAAGGUCACUUAGGAGAAAAAAAGCAUUAAGCAGCACAUAUCAUGCUACUCAUCCCAAUCGAAGUUGACCAGUGUUUGUAAACUUCACAAUAAUGAAUGACUUCAUACUUUCUAGGAGAAUGUAUACGUAAAGCAGGGACCCAUUUCUCGUGGCCACUCUUCCAAAUGGGAAAGGGGGGGGGGGAAACUAUUCCUAUGUCAGAAAAUGGGCUUUAGUUGCACCAUAUUUAACCCAAACUCAUCUUCUCUCUGCAGUGGAAAAGGUUGGUAAGAGAAGAGCUACCAACAUUAGUCAGCAGUAAACUUUUCAUGUGUCUGAUUAUGCUACUUACAGUAAAAGAUCAAUUAUUUUCUAACUUUUAAAAAAAAAAAACCUCUUUACCAGGAGUGCCAAUAAUUGCUGAGUGCACUGUAUGUUUCCCCAUCUUUUCUGAGUUUUAUCAUACAUCGUUAAUCUUAUUAUGGGAAUGAGAUGGCUCUACUUUUAGCCCUAUGAGAUUUGUUGACGUUUUUGUUCUAUGAAAUUAGAAUGUGCAAACAAUUGUGUGUUUUUAAGCUGUCUUCUGUUACUUUUUUUUUUUCCUUUGUCUUGUUUCUUGGCCUUCUUUAGGAACAGAUGGGUGAAACAAGAUCAAAAGAAGCCAUAGUGUAAAAGAAUAAUGAUUCUUUUACAGUUUCUUGUAAUGUGACACAAGCUAAAAGUAUACAUAGAGCUGGGAAUAUUUGGGCAACAGCAACCUCUGCUCAUUGGCAUCCGGUAUAGUGUAUGCUUUCUGCCCAGACUCAUAUAAGCCUCAAUCACAGGUAAAAGCUGGGAUCUGUGACACCCUCCUUGCUUUUAGUAAAAGAUCCCUGAAAUAAAUUUCUCUUUCGUUUCAGUAGGAUAAUGUCACUCUGAACAUUUUCUGAAAAUCCAACCUUUAGAUUGAGAGCAUUUAUUCUAGUGGGGGCCAGGGGCGUGGGAACACUUAACUGAAUUAUAGCUCCAACAAUUGUUGGCACCCCUAAUAUUUCCUAUAUGGUUAAUUUCUAUAUUUGAUUUACUUCCUUAAGAACCGUUUGUAACCCCAAACUUUUUUGUUUUUCUGCAACAAACAAAUCUGACACAGAAGCCAAUUUCUCUUCAAAGCCGGAAAAACAACGGAACCUAACGCUACACUAAUCCAGAUAAAUAAAAACAAGAUGAUAGCUAAUCAGCUAAGUUCUUAUAAAUACCCAAUCAGAGCAAUAAUUAGAGUAUUUUAAAAACAUAGAAUUGUGACAUAUGUAUUGAAAUGAGGAUCCAACUUUUAUGCAGAGUGAAAAAGACAAAAAGGGAAAUAAAAAUAAAAAUUCUCCCUCACCCACAGUUGUAAAACUGCAGCAAAUGUUCAGAAGUUGUUCUAAGCAUCUUACACAAAUUUACCCGGGGUGGCAAUAGAUUUUUUUAGGGUGCUGUAAGUGUUAAACUAAAGAAAAUGUUCAUUUGAACAACAUAAAAUAACCAACUUAAAGGGGGGAAAAACUUGAUCUCUCUCUUUCUGUUUCUCUCUUUCUCUGUGAGCUACAUUUACACUUGCAACACACAUCCAAGCCCUGCUGAAAAACAACAGACUCUUAUACUUGAAUCAACUUUCUCAAUAAUCAUCUGUCAUGAUAUCAGCAGUCAGGCUCUGGUAGUAGGUGGCGUUGUAGGUGCUACACAGGCUAUGAACAGGGUCUGAAGUUUAGAAAAUGUUUGAUAUUUCUUCCUUGUCAUGUUUGCAGUAUUAAUAUUGUAGCCCCAACCUGUAAAAGAAACCGUUGAUAUUUUUCUUUAAUGUCUAGAUUCAUGUCACUAGUUCUGUGAAGUUUGUAUGUCAUCAGCUUGAAUACUGCCUCCGUUGGUGCACAUACUACCCUCUCUCAUUGGACCUCAGAUGUAAAAAUUCUCCUUUGUCUCUCACGCUGUUUAGAUUUUGUUUUACCCUCUUUAUGGAAUUAUAUCUUUUCUCUUUUUUUCCCCCCUUCCAUGCGUGUCUUAUGUUGUAAAUAGAAUGUGAACAAAAUACUAACGCUGAAUAAAAGUCAAAUAUUUUGUUCGCAGA